AUGCGAGUAACAGCAAUCCAGGACGAAGUCAGUGUCUGUGUCUCCGAUGUCGAAGUCCUGGAUAUCCCCUGCCACCACGGAAUCAAUGAUCCUUUGGAGGUUUAUGCUUCGGUUGGGUCGGCCUUCAACAGCAAAGAGCUGUCCCGUUCUAACCUCCCCAUGCCCAUAAUCCGGUCGUACCGUGCCUGCGGGCUUGGUUACCCUGUUCGCUCAGGAGUAAUGCCUUCUUUGAGAUGGUUGCGCUCUGUAGCUGCAGCCUGGUGGUCACUUCUUGUGCCGUCUCGUUGUGGUAGAUGCGCGUGA